GAAGAGAUUGACACUUGACCCGUCAAGUAAACGUCAAAUAAUUCUUAUAUUAAACAUCUGAUUAAACAAUUCUUUAUAGAAUAUGUUUUGAUUAAUUCUAACGGUUAAUUUUGGUCAAAUUCAUUAUUAAACAUGGAGUACAUUAAAACACCUAAGAUUUUGAAUGUGAGAAUGCUGGAAAGGUACUCCAAAGUUCCCUCUCAGGGAACUCUAUACAACACAGCCACUCAUUUAAUAUUUGUUGAUCCAGAUGCAAAGAAAGAAACUUGGAUUGCUCACAUGCACAUUGCGAACGUGGAAAAACUGCCGUUAACGACAACAGGGUCUCCGUUAUUAAUCCGCACCAAGAUCUUCCAAUCAGUAACUUUCGUCAUUCCAAAAGAACGCGAUUGUCACGACGUAUACUUAACACUACAACAGCUCUCCCAACCCAACAAUGUACAGGAUCUGUACUGUUUCAACUACAAACCGCCAGCAGACGAAAUCCAGAACAAAUCUACUGGUUGGAACUUCUUCGACUUGUCCCAUGAGUACCAACGCAUGGGUGUGCCCAACGACCAGUGGGUUUUGUCCACCCUCAACAAGGAUUAUGAAUUGUGCGACACGUACCCAAAGAGUCUGUACGUGCCAUCGUCGGCGAGCACCUCGACGUUGAUAGGCAGCUCGCGCUUCCGUUCUAAAGGCAGGCUUCCGGUGCUCUCAUAUUUGCAUCACAACAAGGCAAGUAUCAGCAGAUGUAGCCAACCAUUGUCUGGAUUUAGCGCCCGUUGUUUGGAGGACGAGAAGAUGCUCAAUCACGUUCUCAAGACUAAUCCGAACGCCACGUUCAUGUAUGUCGUUGACACGAGACCCAAGAUCAACGCCAUGGCCAACAGAGCUGCAGGCAAAGGAUACGAAAACGAGGCGUUCUACGAGAACAUAAAGUUCCACUUUUUGGGCGUGGAAAACAUACACGUCAUGCGCAACAGCCUCGCCAAAGUUAUUGAAACUUGCGAACAGAGAAAUCCGACGAUGAACAGCUUCCUGAGCGGUCUGGAGUCGAGCAGUUGGUUGCGUCACAUUAAGUCGAUCCUGGACACGUCCCAGUUCAUCGCUGAAGCUCUGGAGGAGGGAAUCAGUGUGGUGGUGCAUUGCUCAGAUGGGUGGGAUCGUACUGCGCAAGUCUGUUCCUUGUCUUCGUUGUUGGUUGAUCCGUUUUACCGGACCAUCACAGGCUAUCAAGCUCUCAUUGAAAAGGAUUGGUUGGCCUUUGGGCACAAGUUUUCGGAACGUUGUGGCCACAUCCAGACGGACAGUAAAGAAAUCUCACCAAUUUUCACUCAACUACUUGAUGCUACUUGGCAACUGAUGCAGCAGUUUCCUUGCACCUUCCAGUUUAAUGAGACUUUCCUUUUAACUUUGCAUGAUCAUUUACAUUCCUGUCAGUAUGGCACCUUCAUUGGUAAUUGUGAAAAGGAUAGACUUGAUUUAAGAUUAAACGAAAAGACUUAUUCAUUGUGGGGAUACAUGGCAAAUCACUUGAGUGAAUAUAUAAACCCAUUGUACGACGAGGAUACGAAAGAUAAAAUCCUGACUCCCAAUUUGUGUCCACAAAACAUCAAAUUUUGGAGAGGCAUGUAUUGCAGAUUCGAAAAUGGAGUACAUCCAAGAGAGCCACAGGCAGAUUUGCUUUUAGCCACCAGAGAUCACAGUUUCUCAUUGGAUGAUCACAUUAAAUAUCUGACUAAACAUAUAUCAUCAGUAAAAUCCAUGAUAACUGGAACCAAGGAGAAGAAAAAGAAUAAAACAAAAAAGGAACAGUUGUGCAAUAAUGUGUACCUAGACAACAAACUAAUGUAUGAAAAAAGCCAGAUGCGUGAGUCCGCGGAUCACGAUCAUCCCUUGCAAGUUGAUAAUAAACAGGAGGCGGACGGAGCCGCCCUAGAAGCAAACGGUGAAGAUUUGACCAAGAAGUUCGAGUCAGUCGCCAUCGAUUGGAAGCCGCUCAGGAAUACUCACGAGUGCAGUUGUUCAUCUUCCUUUGACCACCUCAGCAAAAAAAGCCAUUGUAGAAAGUGUGGCGACAUAUUCUGCAUGCGCUGUAUCGCAAAACAAAUUCCGCUUCCGGGCCACGUCACCCAAAAGGCAGUGCCGGUUUGUAAGCCGUGCUACGACGUUCUCAAUAAUAUUGUCGAAUGAGGCUUGGCUCUCGCACACUUUGUGAUUUGAAUUUAUUCGUUUUUUCUAGGCAAAUUUCAAUCACGUUGUAUGUGAUAUACAUUUAUUUAUGUUAAAUAUAAAAUGCACCCGUCAAAUUUUAUUUGAUGCUCUCAAAUGUGUAUUUUUGGGACUGAAAUGGAGUGAGAGGAUCGCGAAUUGUGGUGUGAUUUGCUCAAAAGUACACAAGUUCUUAUGAGAUUAAAUCUGAUUAGUUGUAAAUAUAUUUUUUUAUUCAUAUUUCUUUAGAAAUCCGUCUUUCACAGUACAAUUAUUAUGAAUACUAAAGGUGUAACUUAAUUCUUUUAUUUUAUUUAUGAAUUAAUAACAUUGGUGUAAUUAUUUUAAUGGCAUAUACUGUAUAUUAGGAGCUAUUAUGAAAGUUGUUGAUAUAUUUGUUGUGGAUAAUUGAAAAAGCUUAUAUGAACUUUAGAUUGGAAAAUAUUCCAGCAAACUAUAGAAGAACUAUUAUUCAACUAA